CACACACACAUACACUGAGUCACUCAGCCAUCUCCUGCUAUCCCAGGGAGGGGGAAGGAAGGAGCGAGCCAGUGUUGCUCUCAUAUCAUCCUGCUGCUGCCUGUAGAUCCGUGAAGAUGGCGGCUCCCAUACCCAGCAAGCCAGGCAGUGUGGGGGGAGGCAGCAAAUCUGCAUCCCCAGAGCUGGAUUUCAGAUCAGGAGCCCGCAUAGAGGAAUUAAACAAACUCAUCACGGAAUUUAGCAAGCAUGAUCAGAGGGAAUAUGAUGAUCAGCGAGCCCUGGAGAUCCACACAGCUAAGGACUUCAUCUUCUCUAUGCUAGGAAUGGUGCAGAAAUUGGACCAGAAGUUGCCAGUUGCUAAUGAAUAUCUGUUACUUUCUGGAGGUGUCCGUGAAGGAGUUGUGGACUUAGAACUUGACGAAUUAAAUGUUUAUGCACGUGGUACAGACUAUGACAUGGAUUUUACUCUUCUGGUGCCAGCUUUAAAACUCCAUGACCGGAAUCAACCUGUAACACUGGAUAUGCGCCAUUCUGCACUGUGCCAUUCUUGGCUGAGUCUUCGUUUGUUUGAUGAAGGUACUAUAACAAAGUGGAAAGACUGUUGCACAAUAGUAGAACAUAUUAAUGGGGCUACAAACUACUUCUUUUCACCUACAAAAGUUGCCGAUUGGUUCUAUGAAUCAAUAAGCAUUGUUCUCUCUGAAAUUCAAAAAAAGCCUCAACGUGGAAUGCCUAAAGUUGAAAAAGUUGAGAAGAAUGGCACUAUAAUUUCCAUUAUAUUAGGAGUUGGUAGCAGUCGCAUGAUGUAUGAUAUUGUUCCCGUGGUUUCUUUCAAAGGUUGGCCAGCAGUUGCUCAGAGUUGGCUUAUGGAAAACCAUUUUUGGGAUGGGAAGAUUACAGAAGAGGAGGUCAUUAGUGGAUUUUAUUUAGUACCAGCAUGUUCAUUUAAAGGUAAAAAAGAUAAUGAAUGGAGGUUGUCAUUUGCUAGAAGUGAAGUGCAGCUAAAAAAGUGCAUCUCGAGUAGUUUAAUGCAGGCCUAUCAAGCUUGUAAAGCCAUAAUCAUUAAGCUUUUAUCAAGACCAAAAGCUAUUAGCCCAUACCAUCUCCGGAGUAUGAUGCUUUGGGCCUGUGAUAGACUUCCAGCUAAUUACCUAGCUCAAGAAGAUUAUGCAGCCCAUUUCCUUUUGGGACUUAUUGAUGAUCUACAAAAUUGCUUAGUUAACAAAAUGUGCCCUAAUUACUUCAUUCCACAGUGUAAUAUGCUAGAGCACCUUUCAGAGGAAACCGUCAUGCUACACGCCAGAAAGUUGUCUUCUGUAAGAUCAGAUCCUACAGAACACCUCCGGACGGCUAUAGAGCACGUCAAGGCAGCUAAUCGGCUAACAUUAGACCUCCAGAGGAGGGGGAGCACUACAAGUAUACCAUCGCCACAGUCUGAUGGAGGUGAUAACAACCAGCCAGAUGAUCGAUUAGCCAAAAAAUUGCAGCAGCUAGUGACUGAGAAUCCAGGAAAGUCCAUAUCUGUCUUCAUUAAUCCUGAUGAUGUUACCAGACCUCACUUCAGAAUUGAUGACAAAUUUUUCUGAGACUUGUCAGCUUCUUUUAAGACUUGAUGUGUAGUCUGUGUAAUGUCUUGUUUUUACAUAUCCAGCAUAGAUUGGAUUUGUCAAGAACAAUAUGAACUACUUAAUCCUGAUUUUCAGGACAUUGCAUAUUUUGAAACAGUAUAUUACUAUUUCAUAUGCUGCUUUGUCAGUUUUUAGUUUUAAGGGAGAACAUGAGCCUUAAUUCCUAUGUUCUGUUUAUUUAAUUUGCCUACCUAUGUUAACCAUUCAUGUUUGUUUAAAAUAAAAUUAUUACAUGGUCUUCCAUCAUGUGACAAAGAAUUUAUUUUGAAAUAGAGGACUUUCAUAAUGAAGCUUCUUUUGCCUAUGAAAUAUGCUGUUGAUUGGUUUAAAAAAGUAAAACUGUUCUUUUGCUACAUGUUUAUGAUAUAAUAUUGCAUGGUAAAGUUUUAUAGGGUACGCUAGCUAGCAACAGUCUACUGUUCUGAAACAAACUCGAGUUAUAUAAAGUGAAUGUUUUAUCAAUUAACUUGUAGAUUCUAUCAGUUGUCAUUUUGAAUCCAAAGAUGUUUUUUCUGGAAAAAAAGGUCAUGGACCACAUCCAUAAGCGGAGGGCUUUACAAGGUAUCCAGUGCUCUAGAAAUAAUCUUUAUGUAAAAUUGUAAAUUUUGUUUAAAGAUGCUGGUAACCAUAUCUUAAUACAUUUCAUAAAUAACGUACAUGAGACAGUAGUUCUUUAAAGCUAUCCAAACAAUCCUGCCGACUUAUUUGUUUGUAAUAAUUCAUGAUUCUCAGAGUAAAAGGCACACAAGACAAUAUCAGCCACCAACAUAUUAAUAUACAUCAUUAGUAAAUACUUCCAUGUGUAUGUUUCUUCACAUGGAAUCUACUGCAUACAUGUUUACUGGCUGAUUAUUCUUGUAUAACCCAAUAAGUGCCUGAUAACUUGCUCAGGGGAUGCCCUGGGUAACUGACUUAAAUUAGAGGUAUUCAGUAUAUCCAUGAGCAAGUUGUUGUUAGUUAUUUGCUUGGGCCAGGAUGUAUUACUAAGCAAGCCCUUCUAGGUGAAUUUACUUCUACCUUUUGAGAAGUAAUGUAAAGGGAAGAAAGUUAAACAGGGUUAUUCAGAGAGCUUUAAAUAGCUUAUUCUCUAUUUUCUUGAGUAUUUUGUCCUCUGUCAAACGCAUUGCCAAAUUGCAUUUGCUACAGCUUCAUUCGCUACCCCUUUGUGAGCCCAGACCAGUUAAAUAAGAAAUGUGGGGGAUAUCUUUGUUAUAUCUAAAUACUAUAAAGAAAUGUAAAAUAUUUCUAUAAGACGCUGGAUAUGCUGAUACAUUAUAAGAUCAACUUAACUAUACCUGGACAUUUGUUGUGUGAAACCUGUCUAAAUUCUGUACCAAUCUAGAGGACCCUCUCCAAAGUAAGAGUUUGUUGUUUGUUUUUUAAUUUCAUGUGGCGUUAUUUGGUUAGGGUUUCCUUAGCAGUAUUUGGAUAACCUUUUACUCUGAUUUUUUUUUUUUUUUCCUACUCCAAUAUUGUGCUGAGCCUGGGCGGAAUGUAUAAUUUACUCUUACUUUAUAUCAGACUUGAGAAACAACUGGAGACUAGCAUUUUGCUAUAGGCAUCUUGCCUGACUUCUGCAAAAUGUUGUGGCUGGCUGCACAAUAUUGUUGUUGGUUCCUAACUUUUAAAUACAAUUUUCUUUUUCAUCCGGAAACCAAGUAUAACCUCACAAUGGGAUCACUUAAAUGUGGAUAUGUUUUUGCUGUAAUGUGGGAGAAUAAAAAACAACUAACUGUAAACAUUACCAUAUGCAUUAUUUGCACUAACUUUUAAUCAUGUCACUUAUUAUUUGUUUUGUUUUUCCAUAAUGAAACUGUGCUUAUGCUGUUUUUUUUUGUUUGUUUUUUAAUUAUUUGAAAUAGAUUAAUUUUUUUUGGUUCUCCUUUAAAUGUAAUAUAAUACAUUCACCCUUUUAAAGUUUUUUUUCUUUUUCACUGUUUAUGUAAAAUAUGUGUGUCAAAAAUAGUCUCCCAGACAUGGAAAUGUGUUUUUUCAUUGUAUGUAUGUAUGUGCUGCUAUCAAAAUCCCGAUGUAUAAAUUGAAAUGCAUUUUUCUCAUGCAAAUUAAAAACUGGAAUAAUCAAUUA